GCCAGCGCGGAGCCGGAGCAGCCGCGGUGAAGCUCCUGGGCUCCGCUGAGACCGCUGUGCCCGCUCGUCGCCUCGGCCGCCGCUGCGUCAAGCUGUCGCCGCCGCCGGUUGAGCGGCUGCCUAUUGUCCUUCUCGGCGGCGAAGGUGCGGAGCUGCUCCGGCUGGGCCCGCGGGGGAGCCCCGGGCGCCGCACGUGUCCUGGGUCAUGAAACUUAAUCCACAGCAAGCUCCAUUAUAUGGCGAUUGUGUGGUUACCGUGUUGCUGGCUGAAGAGGACAAAAUUGAGGAUGAUGUAGUUUUCUACUUGGUAUUUUCGGGUUCCACUCUCCAUCACUGCACAAGUACCCGGAAGGUCAGUGCUGAUACGCUGGAGACCAUUGCUCCUGGUCACGACUGCUGUGAGACUGUGAAGGUGCUACUCUGUGCUUCCAAGGAGGGCCUCCCCAUAUUCGUGGUGGCUGAAGAAGACUUCCAGUUCAUCCAGGAUGAGGCAUACGAUGCAGCCCAGUUCCUGGCAACCAGUGCUGGGAAUCAGCAGGCUCUGAACUUCACCCGUUUUCUUGACCGGUCGGGACCCCCGGCUGGGGAUGUGAAUACCCUUGAUGAGAAGGUUGCUCUGGCAUUCAGACACCUGAAGCUGCCAGCAGAGUGGAAUGUGUUGGGAACAGAUCAGACUUUGCAUGAUGGCGGCCCCCGAGAGACAUUGAUGCAUUUUGCCGUGCGGCUGGGGCUGCUGAGGUUGACGUGGUUCCUGUUGCAGAAGCCAGGUGGCCGAGGGGCUCUCAGCAUCCACAACCAGGAAGGAGCGACACCUGUGAGCUUGGCCUUGGAGCGGGGUUAUCACAAGCUGCACCAGCUUCUGACCGAGGAGAAUGCUGGGGAACCAGACUCCUGGAGCAGUUUAUCCUAUGAAAUCCCAUAUGGAGACUGUUCUGUGAGACAUCAUCGAGAGUUGGACGUCUAUACAUUAACCUCUGAAUCCGAAUCACAUCAUGAAGCCCCAUUUCCUGGAGACAGUUGCACUGGACAUAUUUUUAAACUUAUGAACAUCCAGCAGCAGCUAAUGAAAACAAACCUUAAGCAGAUGGAAAAUCCUGUGCCCUUAAUGGUGGCGGCACAGGAUCCUUCAAGUCUGCCCAGUGCCCAAGACCCAGAUGGCCAGUUUCUUGGCUGCACGUCAGAUCCUGGGGACGGCCAGCCACACUCGUCUCUUCCCGAAGACCCUGAGCACCCUCUGUGCGGCCACGGGAGCACUGUGGGGGAGAUGGAAAGUUCCUCCUAUUUGUCAGGUGUGGCUGAGGAAGAGAAUACAGACUGUUCCUAUGAGAAGGGAACCAAAGGUGUGGGGAGAGCCGGGGAAGAGGCGGAGCCAUCAUUGGCUGCAGACUGUGGAACGGUGUCUGAGCCAAGCAGCUGCCUGGGGAGCACGCCUGCUUGUGGAGGGGAGGGCACAGGAGACUUUCUAUCCUGUGGAAUCAGAAAUGGAGAAACUGGAACAAAAUCUUCUGCAUUGGCCCCAGAGCAGGAGUCUCCAAAACCUGGAGACAGUGUUCUGCAGGGAGACAUGGGCAUGCAGCUGGGCACCGCUCCCACUCCGCAUUUCUCUGGAGGUGACCUGGCAGUCAGCGUCCCAGUGACUGCAGGGGAGACAGAAUGUGGUCUCCUGAGCUCAGACACCACCAUCCAGAAGGACGUGCUUGAGGUAAGGGAACGUACAGAGGAAAAGUUUGAGAACUCUAAUAUCAGCACAGCUGGAGUCUCUGACGUAAAAGUCACAAGACAGCCUGCAGAUAAAGCCUUUGUUCCAAACUGCGUCUCUGCCCCCGGCUGCCCGGAUGGUAACAAACCUGCUGAGUCUUUACUUGAGUCUAGCAAGGGAGAAGCCUGCCCUGUGAAAACUGCAGAAACAGAAACUUCAGGAAGUUGUGAAGGGGGUGCUGGGCCUCCUGUGGAUCAGAGCUCCCUGGUAGUUCCAGCUGCUGCAGAAGACACGGCUUCAGAUGGGCUUGAUCCUUCUGCUCCCUUGGCAGGCACAAGUGAGGCAGCGUCACCCUCUGCUCUGACCUUUCCCGGGCCACGAAAAGAUGCGCCAAACCAGAAAUCAGAACCUGAUUCAUCUCCCAUUCAGAGCUGUUCUACAGCUGGAGGGGACACUCUGGGUGCCACCCCUGCCCGUGGGCAGAGCACAGGGACUUCUGGUGGCGUGCUUGCUGCGGGACACUGUGAUGGCCUAAGUACCCGGCCUGAGAGCACUGGCCCAGGACUAGCCCCCACGCAGCAUCCCCCCCCGGCCUUCUGCUGUGAAGGUCCACAGGCUCACACAGCCACCGCUGGCCCUCUAAGAUUAGACACCCAGGAACAGGUGGAAUUUUGUCCUCUUGAAGUUUCGGAUACAAAGGGCCACGGUAAAGAUUUGAACCUAGGAACAGCUUUAACAAAUAUGCUUGAGGUGCCUCCACAGGCAGUUGUCCCCAAAGCCGAGAAAGAACUGGUGCCGGCCCGGGCAGUGACAUCAGAUGAGACUUCUCUGGCAAGCAGUCCAGGCAGUGAAUCAGUAACCAAAGAUGACGCACUUUCUCUUGUCCCCUCCCAGAAAGAAAAGGGAACAGCAACUCCCGAACUACAUACAGCUACAGAUAGUAGAGAUGGCCCAGGCAGAGAUUCGAGCGAUCCUGAUAAGCAGCCAUUAGAAGACGGUGCCACGGGCCUACCUGCGCCCUCCACUGCUCUCCGUCUUCAGCCCAGCAUGGGGAAUACCAGUCCCAUGGGACUUGGUGGGGAACAUGGGGAUCCCUGCCUCUCAGCAGCCCCUGAAGCCCUGGAUAUCGAGGGGGGCGGCGCUGACUCUUUUCCGCUACGUGCGGGUAAGGCCACUGUGGCCUCUGAUUCCAUUCUGACUGAACAAGGGAAAAAUCUGGUGGUUCCAGAACUCUCUGAAGCUCAGGGACAAGAUGGCAGGGAUAAAGCAGUGACUUGUUCCUCAGGAACGUUUCACGAAGAGCAGAGAACACCACCUCCUGGACAGGAGGCACUGCGAUUCUUUGGAGAGCCUAGCUCAGCCGCCUGUGCUGAGGACAGAGCACUUGAGCGCCAUAAUUCACUGGGCACACCCUCAGCCUGUCUGAACGCAGAAACUAAGCAUAACAAGGAAGUGGCCCCACCAGUCUCGCUGCUGACUGAAGGUGGGGCUGCACAGAGCCUUGUACCACUGGGAGCAAGUCUGGCUGCAGACCCACGCCAGGAAGCCUUCGGUGCAGAGCAGAGCAGCUCGACUCCAUUGCCAGGCCUGUUACCAGAUGGGUCAGAGGCUCUUCCUGGCAAUCGAUCUUCUGCUCUGGAUGUUGGAGUGCAAAACCCUGAAUCCCAAGGUAAAGACACUGCUGGUGAGGUGAGCGGAAAUGUGGGGUUGGAUGUUGCCGUGGUUAGUGCUUUACAAGAUACUGUCGGGGCCAGAACAAAGGCUGUAUCACACAACGCCCAAGACCUCCUGAUUUCAAAAGUCUUGAGCCAGGAGAAGAUUAUGAUCCUGGGUUUACCAGGAACUUUAGCAGACAAGGGUGUGACUGACCUACAGGGCACUGCAGCUCCAGAGAUGGUACCUCUCGGUUGGCAGGAAGCAGCCCACAGCUGUGGCGUGGCCGACUCCAGGGAGCAACAGGUGGAUGCUGACGCACAUCACGUCCCACAGCAGCCUCUUGCCAAAGAGCUCCCCACCGAGACUGGACUCUCAAGCAGUGGUGACCAGACCCCAGACAGGGCAAGGGGUGCUCCCCCUCUACCUUGUGCUGUGUCUCUGCCUGAGAGAGCAGACUCCAUCGAGGAGGCUGCAAGUCGCAUAGUGGAGGCUGUCCUAGACCAAGUCAAGUCCUCGGGAGCACUGAUCACUGGUCCGGGGAUCAGUCACAUGUCACUGUCCAAGCCUUCAGAGUCUGGUCCGGUGACUGGGCAGCCAGAGAGCGCUUCUGCAGGGAAAGGGAGCACUUUUCCGCCUGGGCGGACCCCACACAUGGGCAGUAUCUGUGAAGAAGCCCCUGGCAAACUUGCAGGGGGUUUGGCUGAAAGGGAGGAGCCAGAGAAGAUGGUUCUGCCCACUGAAGGAUCUGAGCCAGCAACAGGUCAGUUCGAUUCGUACUUUGAUGCCACCACCUGUCACCAGGUGCAGACAGAGGGCCUGUCUCCAUGCUCACCCCCAGGCUGUGUGGAAAUGCCAGACUUGAAAGCUGCAGACGAAGUGGAUUUUCUGAGUAAUACCAGGGCGAGCUCGGCUUCUGCAGAGGUGGCCGUAGGAGACCCAGCCGCCACACCUGACGUGAAGCAAGGCCUGGCGACCCGGGCGAUAAACCGAGAAAGCUGGUGUGCAAUAAAGCCGUGCCCUGAUACAGCAUCUCUGUUGGCCCCCGCACAGAGCCCAGACUGUGAGAACUUCCUGGAUGUUGGACUGGGCAGAGAAUGUGCCUCAAAACAAGGUGUCCUCAAAAGAGAGUCCGGCAGUGACUCUGACCUCUUUCACUCACCCAGCGAAGAAGUGGACAGCAUUGUCUUCCCCAAGCCCGAGGAAGAGCCGCUGGUCUGUGAUAUCACCGGAUCCAGUUCCUCCACCGACGACACCGCUUCCUUGGAUCGACAUUCUUCUCACGGCAGUGAUGUUUCCCUCCCCCAGAUUUCAAAUUUGAACAGGUCCAGAGAUCAGCAGUGUCUUGACAGCUUCUACAGCCAUGGUGUGGGAGCUGAGGGCCGAGAGAGCGAGGGUGAAGCUGCCGGCUCAGGUGAGAUGGAGGAGGAGGAGAUGGACAGCAUCACCGAGGUGCCCUCGAACUGCUCCGUGCUGAGGAGCUCUAUGCGCUCCCUGUCCCCUUUCCGGAGGCACAGCUGGGGUCCUGGGAAGAACGCGGCCAGUGAUGCCGAAAUGAACCAGCGCAGUUCAUUGCGAGUUCUUGGGGAUGUUGUCAGGAGACCUCCCAUUCAUAGGAGAAGUAUGAGCUGGUGUCCCUCUGGUGUACAAUACUCUGCUGCCCUGAGUGCUGACUUUAAUUACAGAAGUUUCAGCCUAGAAGGCUUGGCAGGAGGAGCUGGUGCCGGGAACGAGCCAUCUUCGUCUCUAGGUGUAGACUCUAUAAACACCAAAGAGCUCAGGCACCCUUUCAGUGGGGAAGAAAGGGGUGACUCUUUGGUGUCACUUUCAGAGGAGGAUCUGGAAUCAGGCCAGAGAGAACAUAGGAUGCUUGAUCAGCAGGCAUGUCACAGAUCUAAACAACAGGGAUUCAAUUAUUGUACAUCAGCCGUUUCUUCUCCGCUAACAAAAUCCAUCUCAUUAAUGACAAUCAGCCAUCCUGGGUUGGACCAUUCACGGCCGUUCCUUGGUACCAGUGCCAACCUGACCGAGAGCAUAACAGAAGAGACCUAUAGUUUCCUGCCACAAAGCCCCUCCAAGAAAGAUUUUGAAGGGAAGAGUGGAACAAAAGUCAGUCGUACAUUCAGCUACAUCAAGAAUAAAAUGUCCAGCAGCAAGAAGAGCAGAGAGAAGGAAAAAGAGAAAGAGAAAAUCAAAGAGAAGGAGAGAGAGUCAAAGGAGAAGGAGAAGGACAAGAAGAUGGUCAACGGGCACACUUUCAGUCCCAUCCCUGUGGUCGGCCCGAUCAGCUGUAGCCAGUGCGUGAAGCCCUUCGCCAGCAAGGACGCCUACACGUGUGCAGGUUGCAGUGCUUUUGUCCACAAAGGCUGUAGAGAAAGUCUGGCCUCCUGUGCAAAGGUCAAAAUGAAGCAGCCCAGAGGGAGCCUUCAGGCACAGGACACAUCUUCGCUGCCCACAGUCAUCUUGAGGAGCAAGCCCUCACAGCCCAAGGAGCGUCCUCGAUCUGCAGUCCUCCUGGCGGAUGAAGCUACUGCCAUUCCCAUGUUUGCCAACAGACGGUCCCAGCAGAGUGUCUCACUCUCCAAAAGCGUCUCCAUACAGAACAUUGCUGGAGUUGGCAAUGACGAGAACAUAUCAAACACCUGGAAAUUCCUGUCUCAUUCAACAGACUCACUAAAUAAAAUCAGCAAGGUCAAUGAGUCAACAGAGUCACUAACUGAUGAGGGAGUAGGUACAGACAUGAAUGAAGGACAGCUAAUGGGGGACUUCGAGAUGGAAUCCAAACAACUAGAAGCCGAGUCCUGGAGUCGCAUAGUGGACAGCAAGUUUCUGAAACAGCAAAAGAAAGAUGUGGUCAAACGGCAAGAAGUGAUUUAUGAGUUGAUGCAGACAGAGUUGCACCACAUCCGGACGCUGAAGAUCAUGAGCGACGUGUACAGCCGGGGGAUGAUGACGGAGCUGCUCUUUGAGCAGCAGACGGUGGAGAAGCUCUUCCCCUGUUUGGAUGAGCUGAUCAGUAUCCAUAGCCAGUUCUUUCAGAGGAUCCUGGAGCGGAAGAAGGAAUCUCUGGUGGAUAAAAGUGAAAAGAACUUUCUCAUCAAGAGGAUGGGAGAUGUGCUUGUAAAUCAGUUUUCAGGGGAGAAUGCAGAACGCCUAAAGAAGACGUACGGCAAGUUUUGUGGGCAGCAUAACCAGUCUGUGAACUACUUUAAAGACAUUUAUACCAAGGACAAGCGGUUCCAGGCCUUUGUGAAGAAGAAGAUGAGCAGCGCCGUCGUGAGGAGGCUGGGAAUCCCAGAAUGCAUAUUGCUGGUGACCCAGCGGAUCACCAAAUACCCAGUUUUAUUCCAAAGAAUAUUGCAGUGUACCAAAGACAAUGACGUGGAGCAGGAAGAUCUGGCUCAGUCCCUGAGCCUGGUGAAGGAUGUGAUUGGAGCUGUGGACAGCAAAGUGGCAAGUUAUGAAAAGAAAGUGCGUCUCAAUGAGAUUUAUACAAAGACAGACAGCAAGUCGAUCAUGAGGAUGAAGAGCGGCCAGAUGUUUGCCAAGGAGGAUUUGAAGCGGAAGAAGCUCGUGCGGGACGGGGCUGUGUUUCUGAAGAACGCAGCAGGAAGGUUGAAAGAGGUUCAGGCAGUUCUGCUUACUGACAUUUUAGUGUUCCUUCAAGAAAAAGACCAGAAAUACGUCUUCGCAUCACUGGACCAGAAAUCAACAGUGAUCUCGUUAAAGAAGCUGAUUGUCAGGGAAGUAGCACAUGAGGAGAAAGGUUUAUUCUUAAUCAGUAUGGGGAUGAAGGACCCAGAGAUGGUGGAAGUGCAUGCCAGCUCCAAGGAGGAGCGAAACAGCUGGAUUCAGAUCGUUCAGGACACGAUCAACACCCUGAACAGAGAUGAAGAUGAAGGAAUUCCGAGCGAGAAUGAGGAAGAAAAGAGGAUGCUGGACACCAAAGCCCGAGAACUGAAAGAGCAACUUCAACAGAAGGACCAGCAGAUCCUCCUCUUACUGGAAGAGAAGGAGAUGAUUUUCCGAGACAUGACUGAGUGCAGCACCCCCUUGCCGGAGGAUUGCUCCCCGACUCACAGCUCUAGAAUCCUCUUCCGCUCCAACACAGAAGAGGCUCUCAAAGGAGGACCUUUAAUGAAAAGUGCAAUAAAUGAGGUGGAGAUCCUUCAAGGUUUGGUGAGUGGAAGCCUGGGAGGCACGCUUGGGCAGGUUGUCAGUAGCCCUGUUGAGCAAGAAGGCAUGGUUGGUCCUGUUUCCUUGCCCCGGAGAGCAGAGACCUUUGGAGGAUUUGACAGCCACCAGAUGAAUGCUUCAAAAGGAGGUGAGAAGGAAGAGGGGGAGGAUGGCCAAGACCUGAGGAGAACCGAAUCCGAUAGUGGUCUGAAAAAGGGUGGAAAUGCUAACGUGGUAUUUAUGCUUAAAAGAAACAGUGAGCAGGUUGUCCAGAGUGUCGUUCAUCUCCACGAACUCCUCAGCACGCUGCAGGGCGUGGUGCUGCAGCAGGACAGCUACAUCGAGGACCAGAAGCUGCUGUUGGCGGAGCGCGCACUCGCGCGGAGCUCGUCGCGCCCCAGCUCCCUGGUGGAGCAGGAGAAGCAGCGCAGCCUGGAGAAGCAGCGCCAGGACCUGGCCAACCUGCAGAGGCAGCAGGCGCAGCACCAGGAGGAGAAGCGGCGGCGCGAGCGCGAGUGGGAGGCCCGCGAGAGGGCGCUGCAGGAGCGCGAGGCCCGGCUGGCGCAGCGCGAGCAGGACGUGCGGCGGGGCCAGCAGGAGCUGGAGCGCGAGCGCGACGAGCUGCAGCACCGGAAGGGCGCCUACCAGUGCGACCUGGAGAGGCUGCGCGCCGCGCAGAAGCAGCUGGAGCGGGAGCAGGAGCAGCUGAGGCGCGACGCCGAGCACCUCAGCCAGAGGCAGGCGGAGCACGACGCCCGGCAGGUGUCACAUCAGCACACCAAGCUGCUGAGGAUCCCAUCCUUCCUUCCGAAUCCUGAGGAGUCCCCCUUGCCAUCUGCACCUUCGGUCGCCAAAUCGGGAUCCCUGGACUCAGAACUCUCGGUGUCCCCAAAAAGGAACAGCCUCUCUCGGACACACAAAGAUAAGGGGCCUUUUCACAUACUGAGUUCCACCAGCCAGCCAAACAAAGUGCCCGAGGGUCAGGGCCAGACCCCCGUGCCCGCCUCCGCCUCCACCCGCCUGUUUGGGUUGGCUAAGCCAAAGGAUAAGAAGGAGAAAAAGAAGAACAAAAAAGGCAGCCGCUCUCAGCCUGGUGAUGGCCCCGCGUCAGAAGUGCCCGCAGAGGGUGAAGAGAUCUUCUGCUGACCCUGCCCUCUGCCAUGGCCACUGCCUCGUGUCCAGCCCUGCCUCUCCUGCUGUUCCUGGGGGUGGUCUCUUACCUUGGACACCCGAACUGCCCCAGGUCCUGGACCAGAGGGACAAAUGGUCUCGAGUGUCAGGGUGGGGCAGGAGACCCGGGAUUGGCGGCUGCCGACGGCUCCCGGCUCGGGGCGGCCCUACUGAGGAUGUUACACUGAAAGUAGGUGGCCCCAGAAGUCCAGGCGAUGGUUUCGGACAUGUCAGGAAUCUCUAAAGGCUGAAAGAAGUUUCCAAAUAAGGUCUGAAAUCCUACCUGCCUUUUAUUUGAGGGACAUAAGCAACAAACAGCAGAUAGUUUGGAUUUGGUCUGUGUACAUAGAGUUACCCGUCUGCAUAUACACAUGGGCCGUGCCAGAAUUAGGCGCCCUCUGUAGCAGGGGCCUGGUCAGCUUGACGCAGGAGGUGCUGCCUGGCCCUGCGCCGGGAGCACACGGGCGCUCGGCCCGUCCCCCCCCCCACCUUGUCCUCCAAAGCGGUUUUCUCGUCAGCCUACCCCGUGCACACCUCCCCUCUUUCUGCAUGUAUUUCUCGAUCUUAGAAGGGCUGGCAGGCAUUUGUGAAAACCAGUGAGAAAAGGCAUGAUGUGUUCAAAAAAUAUAUAUACACACACACACACACAAACGUGUGUGUGUGUGUGUAUAUAUGUGAUCUGUACCAUCUUGAUUUUGGUGUUCGUCAUUAAAAAAAAAAUCUAAUUUUAACAUGAAAUCCAAAGAAAUAGACUGGCUUUCCAAGAUGUUUGCCCACAUACUCUAGGCACAGAUGCAGUAAAGCAGUCUCCUCAUCCUUACUCCUGCAUUGUGCCACUUUCUGGUUGUCACUGACCCCCGGCCUCCGGCACCAUCCCAGGGGAAGCCACUGCUCCACAGCAAGGUUGUCCCCACCCCUGCACUAGGACAGGGCCCCCGGCCCCUCUCAUUUUUAUACCAGGACAGCCUGAGAGGGAGCUGGCCCAGGUGUGGCUGGGAAACGUGCUCAUUCAGUAUUAGGAGGUCAGGGCAGAAUUUGAUUUCUUAACCCAUUUUCCAAAUCUAAGGGUCUGUUGGUUAUUGUACCCCACCCCCUCGAAGGUGCCAGAUGCGGCCUGCUUUCUCUGUGCUUUCCCGCACCGUUGGUGAUCUGUAUUUGCUUGAGGCUCGUGAGCAGCUGCUGGGAGCAGGCCGGUUUGUGGAGUUCUCUGAGGCCCCCUCUCCCUGCUGGACUCACUGCUCCCCUGUGAGGGGAGACCCUGGAGAAGUCUGUGCUUUCGGUGUGCCCUUCAUUCCUGCUUCUCGCCCCUCAGGAGCAUGGGUCUUUGAACAUACUUUUUAGAAAAACGAAAUCUGUAACUUGGUGCUUGAUGAAUUGCAAGCUGGCCUUGCAGAUGGAGAUAUUUAUCUUUCAGUUUAUUUGAAAGAGGUCUGGUUUAAAAUUUUUAGCUUAGAUUUGUUUAUUUAUUUGUGUGUGUGUGUGUGUGUGUGUGUGUGUUUUAAGCCCUAUGGUUUCAACUGUGUGAUCCAUGCAGAACAUGACCAGCCACAGUGCUCCUCCCUCCUCAGUGUCUGUCAAAGUGCGUGAGGGCCCAAAGGAAAAUGAAAGGGGGAUCCAUUCCCUUCCUCCCCUCCCCCACCUCCUUCUUCCAUCAAGGGAUGUCGUCGUCUUGCAUGAGAGUCAAGAAACUUGCCACCUGUGAGUUACGCUCACCUGUUUGUCACAGAGAUUUCUUAGCCUUCAGAAACACUUUAAGAACAAGACCAGCUAAGCUAAUCAUCUUUUGAACCCUGAUGUAACCCCCCACACACACCCCCCCCCGAACCCUAAACAGGGAAAAAGAGCGGUUACUUCCUUGCUCGGGCCACACGGCCACGCCUGCGCUGGUUUUCCUCAGAUGCGCGUGGGGCCCAGCUGUCCGUUCUCGUCACCAACUGGAGCUCCCCUCUGGGCUCGCUGUCCCACGAGACGUGGGCUGCUGGAGGGAAUGGCACUGGGGAAGGAAGCUCCCUCCCUCCUUCCUCGGUGUCCAUGUAGGCCAGGCCACACUGUUCUUGGAGCCUGCACCAGGAAGCACUGGGUGCUGACAAGCUGGGCCCUCUUCUCUCCAACAAAACGCUGUGGACCCCGAGUUUCUGUCCACAGCUGCCCAGCCUUGAAGUUGCUUUGGUGGUGGUGCUUGUUUAAACGGAGGCUGCACCAGCACCCACCCCCAGUCACUUAGCUCGGGCAGGUUCUGGUUGGACAAGUGUAGAAUCAGACUUGGAAAGUAGCCUCCUGCUUCCACACCACUGCCCACCUUCAUCCAAAAUCGAGUCUGCAGUACAGAGAGACAACUGCUUAUUAAGAGCCAUGCUUUGACAUGUCUUCCUCCUCCUCCCCCCACGCCCCCCGCCACCACCCUCCCCCCGGAAACUGAACUCCAGGGACUUCUUUGUCAUGCUUGGAGAACUACCUGGGUUGUUGCUGCUUGUGCUUGUGACUUUGGGAACUGCUCUGGUUCCAGAGGCGGUUCCCUGUUGUGUUCUCCAGCAAGCUCAAGAAAGAAGAUGCCAGGCUUUGUGGUUAAGUUUUAGGGGGACAGAUAGAGACACCAGCCAGAGUCCCCAGAUUUCCAGAGUCUAGUGAAGUUCCUGGAAGGAGGCUCAAAAAUUCUAUCUCAAAAAUGCUAUCAUCUCAGAAGUUGUCAUCCCAGUUGGGUGACGUGCACUUUAAAUGCUCUCAUCUGUUGGCUUCGUUUUUGAGACAAUCAGCUAUGUGAACUGUUUUCUUCUUUGAAAACGGAGAGGGUUAAAAACAUGCAAAUUGCCAUAAUUCAGCCUUUGCCAACAUUCCAUUCUCUACCCCCGUGAGAGCGAUCUGUGGAGAAGAAAUCCUUAUCAAGAUUUUUUUAUUAUUUUUUUGAAAAGGUACGAAUCUUACCUUUCUCCCUGUUGUGUCUCAGGGUAGCAUCACUAAAGUUGUCUCUUUGAGAAUAGUUCUCCCUUAUUCUCUUCCCGAGCCCCUAGUAGCAGUAAGCACAAAUUUUCAAGACCCUUGGGGUUUGUUGUCCCUUUCCUGGGAGGGGGGCAGGUAUGGGGGUGCGGGGGUUUGAUAAAGUAAGCUCUGCCUUAAGUGAAGGGCAGAACCAUACCUUAGAGACCAGGACUUGAUCCAGAAGUUGCUGUGCACAGAAGUACUUGAUAUUUCAUUGCUUGGUCUCUCAGUGGCUUUUCCAUGGCCAGUUCUUUCUUCCCGAGGAUUUUGGUAUUUGUCGGGGAGGGCUGCAGUCCACUCCAGUGUUGAUGGGUGACUGGUUGCACCCAGGCCAGCCGAGCCCUGGGAGGAACGGGUGAGUGGGCCUCAGUGGCCAUCCACAGGGUGGGUUGGAGGGGACUCCAGACUCUGCCAGAGGGGAUCGACCUCCUCCCCCCCCCCGCCCCCGCCAGGCUUGGAUGCCCUCGGACUGUGGAAGCCCGGAACCAGCCCCGUAGGUUAGACGGCACGUGCGCCCUGCCCGCCCGCCUUCCGUCCAGACACACGCAUGCCGGGGGUGCUGGGCCCGGCUCCCCAACACGCAGACACAGAGGGAAGGGCAAAGAGUUUGUUGUGGUUUGCGUCUUCAUUUGUCUUCCAGCGUAGCCUGACAUUCCUAGUUACCCAGAGCUUUGGAAUCUGCUUGCUGGCCAGGUUUCAAAGUGAAAAGUAUUUUAAUGCUGCCAUAAAAGUAAAAACAAAAAGGAAGGGAAAAACAAAGGCUUCUGUCUUUGUACCCCUCUAAUUUGUCAAAAGAUUACAGGCCUUGAAUUAAUUCUCCAUCUUGCUAAGGUUGAAAGCCGGGCAAACCCAGAUGGCGAAUGCCCUCCGGCCCCAGACCACGAGCCCGGCCUGUGCUGGGGGGCUCCUUGCUGCCUCGAAGCAGAGCGUGCUGCCUCUUCACCCCAGAUAUUCACCCAUCUUGAGCUCUCCUGCCUUUUGCAGCCACCCGCCAGGGGCCCGCCCGGUCAGCUUGCCCACAGUCACGGUUCAGCCUGUGGUUUUCUGUGUUCCUUGCCCGCUGGGGGCGCGGGGAGACGCCCGGACCUGCAGGAGGGUGAUUACCGUACACCUUAUACCUCUGCUUUUGUGGUUUUCAAAUGCUAGAUGAACAUUUCUGUGCUAGAUUCUUUUAAAUAAAAAGGGGUUAAAACCCAGAUGCUGUAUAUUAAUUUGUAAUUAUGUAUAAAGUAAAGCAGUUUUAAACUGUAAAAAAAAUUUUUCAGUGUGUUUUCUGGGAUUUUGCCACAACAUACUGGCUUUGUAUUUUAUUUAUCUUCCUUUCUAGUUACUGGCUUCAGACUGUACUUGUAAAGUCCCCUCCACCCUUUCAAAAAAUAAAUGUCCUUUAAGUCUC